UCCAGUUUUCAUAUGGACAUUUAGUCAGCUGCAUUCCGGCAUCCGUGGAAGUAUGUGACCACCAUGUUUUGUGUCGACAGCGGGAUUCAUUAUAGUGUGAGAAGAGACCCCGACUUUGUAGCGAAAUGUCAAACCAUGAGCGAAACAAAAAGAUGUUGUUGGAACUGCUGAAGCAGCCGGACAACAGUCGGUGCGCUGACUGCGGCGCGCCCGAUCCAGAUUGGGCAUCGUACAAGCUGGGUGUGUUUGUGUGUCUGACCUGCUCCGGCAUCCAUCGCAGCCUCUACAGCCGGGUCAAAUCCAUAAAGCUGGAUUUCUGGGAGGAUGAGCAUGUGGAGUUCAUGAAAUCCAAUGGCAAUGCCAGCGCCCAAGCUAUGUAUGAGAAAGCUGUUCCAGUGUACUACUAUCGGCCCCAAGAAAAUGAUUGUGUGGUCUUAAGAGAGCAGUGGAUUCGGGCUAAAUAUGAAAGGGAGGAAUUCACAGGAGAAACCAAGUAUCCACCACUUUCCUAUACCACAGGUUUCUACGAAGGGAUGCUGUGGAAGAAAGGGAAGGAGAACACACAGUUUCUGAAGAGGAAGUUUGUACUGUCAGAGAGAGAAUUUACCCUGACUUACUACAACAAAGAAAAUGAGUCCAAAGGCCCUAAAGCUGUAAUCUCCAUCAAGGACCUAAACGUCACCUUUCAGCCAGAGAAGAUUGGUCAUCCACACGGGAUGCAGAUCACCUACCAAGACUUUGAUCACAUCAGGAACCUCUAUGUCUAUCACGAGAGUCCUGAGGAAAUAGUCACCUGGUACAACGCCAUUCGUGCUGCUCGCUAUGCAUACCUGAAGACAGCUUACCCGACUGGAAGCAAUGAAGAACUCAUACCAAAGAUAACAAGAAACUACCUCAAAGAGGGAUACAUGGAAAAGACAGGGCCACUGCAAAAGGAGCCAUUCAAAAAGAGGUGGUUUAUUUUGGACUCUCAAAACAGGAAGUUGUUCUACUUCAAAGGCCAACUGGAUGCAGAAGAGUUAGGGGUAAUUUUUAUUGGAACAGAGAGCAAUGGCUACUCGGUGAAGGAGUGUGUCCCAAAGCAUACUCGGGGGAACAAGUGGAAAUGUGGCGUAAGGGUGGAGACGCCUGAGCGACACUUUGUCUUCAUGUGUGAACAGGAGAGGGAGCAGAGGGAGUGGCUGGGCGCCCUGAGACAGGUCCUGUCCAGGCCCAUGGCACCACAGGAUUAUACCAUUGAAGCCAACAUCAGGUAUAAAAGAUGAACUACCGAGAGGUGUGUCAACAGCUGACUGAACUACAGUAGUACAACAGAUGAACAGUGAUCUGCUGUUAAUUCGCUGGACCAGUACUGACUGCUCACCAUGUUGCUCCCAAUACUGACUCUCAUCUUUUUGCAUCUAAAGCAUCUUGGACCAUGACUCUGGCUGUGCUCUUUGGUGUUGUGUGGAUUAAAGACUUCCAUGCACUCCCUAUAACUGACACUGGAUCUGAUAUUCAAUCUCAGACUUCAGAAAGUAUUGUAUCAUUAUGUAAAAUCCACUCUUAUGACCAAACAUACAUCAACACUGAUGAUCACAUAUUGUAACAGAAGAUAGGUUACAAACAUUGCAGAACAUCAUGAGAGAUGUAUGAUGUUUUUUAUUUUUAUAUAAUUUAAAUUUCCUAACGAAUAAGCAUACAAUUUAACAUUUGGUAGUGAACAUGUUUCACAACGCUCUUACCCCCCUAAAAUAAAAAAAUAAAAAAACAACAGUGUGGUUGAAUCCAUAGAUUACAUGUUAUGGACAGUUUGGAUAAAACUUUUAUUUAAUUCCUACAUUUUUGCCCUUUAUACAGCUGUGAAAGCUGCUCUUUUUAGCAUACAUAACUUUGGCAAAACUACUGAAUUUUAAUGCAAAUGGAACUUGAUAAAUCCUCAUUAUGUUAAAAUAUGACCUCUAACCUUGGGGCAACCAUUAUGGAUAUGUGUUUAUAAUUUAUUAUUUAGAUUUUUUCCUACAUUUAUUUAACUUUUUCCCAUGUUUCCAAAAUAUGAUUACAUUAGACUUGAUUCUGUCAUAAACAUAACAAAAAACAAACACAUAACACAGUAAGAACACUAAAAGUUAAAAGGGAAUUAAAUUUUUAAUCUUUACGGCAUUACCCUCCACUAAUGUCACAGAUAUUCUGUCAUGUUAAGUAUUUGUUAGUAACCGUUGUGAUCAUUUACUGGGGUGAAGGCUUAUGUUUUGGCAUUGUGUUUAUGUAAAACAAUUUUGGCGGGACGUUUGCACAUUCCUAAAUUAUCGUAUAUAAUCAGGUUUCAGGUUUUGUUUAGGCAGAAUGUCCUGUUUUGGUUUGGCGCUUUUGGCUAAAUUUCACAUACACAAAUGCAAAUUUAUUUUAAAUUUAAAACCUCUGUUUCUAAUCCUUGAAAAAGAAACUUUAUUUUAGAAUGAUUUCUCCUCCAACAAAAAGGCUUUGAAGAUUGUUAAUGUCUGUACUUGUUUGAAGAUCUUUCUGUAAUACAGUAUAUCCUUGCUCAGUCCCUUUCCUUUUUAUGUGGUUGUCACUAUAUGUACGUUGUUGUAUGUAUCUUUUGCAACUUUAUUGCUACGAUUCUUGUUAUAUGUUGUGUCUAUAUUAUUAUCCUGAGUUAAUAAAGAAAAAUAAGAACUAAA